AUGUCCUAUGCAACUCAGUCUCAGACCAACAUCACUGUUGGAUGGAGCUUACUGGCAAGAGUGAUGCUUUCCACUCUGACUACAGUGCCAUGCUGUGUGUUUCUCUUCAUUAACGGGGUCAUGUUAUUCACCUUGAGGAGUAAAACUGUGUUUCGUGAGACAUCCCGUUACAUUCUUCUGUUCAACCUCCUUUUAGCAGAGACUAUCCAGAUGGUACUGGGUCAGUUACUGUACCUACUGGCUGCUAGUACAAUAAGGCUGACAUAUCCUGUGUGUGGUGUUCUCAUCUUGUUUUCUAGUCUCACAACCAGUGUCUCUCCUCUCACACUGGUGGUGAUGUCUCUGGAGAGAUAUGUAGCUGUGUGCUACCCACUGAGGCACUCUGCCAUCAUCACCAUCAGAAACACAGCAGUGGCUAUUAUUGUGGUUUGGACCUUCAGUUCACUAAAUAUCCUCACUUCAGUUCUGUUACUGUUAGAAUUUACAUUUGAAGACCUGGAGAGUCUGCAGAUGAAAGAUUUUUGUGCCAUGAACAACAUGUUUCUUGACCCAAUGUCUGAGCAAUAUGACAAAGCCUACACUUGUUUUCUGUUUGUAUCAGCUGGUACGGUGGUCACUUCUUCUUAUAUCGGUGUGAUGAUAGCAGCCAGGUCAGCCUCCACAGACAAAGCUUCAGCCCAAAAGGCUCGUAACACACUGCUGCUUCAUCUGGUGCAGCUGGGCCUCAGUCUCGUGUCAACUAUGCACAACUCAAUGCUCAUAGCUCUUUCGAGAAUUGUAACAAGGAUAGUAUUUGUGCGCUCCCAGACUGUUUUUUAUGUGUGUAUUAUCAUCUUCCCCAGAUGUCUGAGUUCUCUCAUUUAUGGCAUAAAAGAUCAUACCAUCAGACCUGUCCUCAUGUACCAUCUAUGCUGUCGACUGAAACUCUCAGUCGUCUCAGCCAAGGUCUCAUGUUAGACUUCAUGAAAUGGAUUAAGCUUUGUAUGUGCUUGUAAAUGUAGUAUAGGGUUAGGGUUAUAAUGACCAAAAAAAGAAGUGCAGACUUGACUGAACAAAAAAUAAAUAAAAAGCUCUUACAGGGGCUUCUUAAGGACCACAGUUAAUUUUAAGUCUGGCUUUCAAAUGACCCUCAGGACAGAAACACCCUGAUGAGUACAUACCCUGAAAAUCUCACCUUGUUUU